UCCGAUUUUCGGGCAUUUAGAACGUAUUUAAUUAAUCGAACUUUGUUCCGCUCUAUAAUCCUUUUUGUGUUUAAUAUGUUUUUGUUUUGAAAUGGUAAAAGUCUUGAGCUUUAAUUAUAUUUUCAAGUAUUCAUUUGAUUUGGUGACCCAAGUUUAUUUUAAAAAGUAUACAUCUGGCUAUGACAAGAAUGUAGAGGAAGUAUGGGUGGUCGAAGAGAAUAAAGAUAUAGAGCACAAUGUAGAUUAUAUAAAAAGGAAAGGGAAAUGUGCUAAUAUUAUUCCAUGGUCUUUGCAAAUGUUCUUCUGUGAGCCAGCCAUCUAUUUUGAGGAAGAAAUAUGGUUUAACAGGAAUGAAAAGAAGAUGACCAUGUAUACAAGGAAUGUUUCCUUUACAGAACUAGCCACUUUAGAAGAGCGAAGUGUUUACAAAGUAUCUGAUGAAGAUGAUCGAUGGACUACAUUUGAGCAAGAGGGAACUAUCACAGUUAAUGGCAUUGGAUGGUUCAAUUCUUUUGCUGAGAAAUGUGCGGCAACUGUGUUUUCCUAUGGUGCGAACAAGGGUUUUGGCAUAAUGGAAGAACUUCUGAAGAAAUUGGAAAAUGAAGAAUCAUGACAGAAGAUGAAACAAGCAAAAUUUAGAUUCUCUUUAUUGUGAAAUUCUCUUGUUGUGCAAGAAGAAGCUGUAAAUAGCGCUGAUCUAUUGAACAGUCAAAAAUUUAAAUUAUAAUUUAUUGUCAUUAAUUAAAAAUAACCAUGAUAUCCAUUGAACCAUUGAACAUUCAGUUGUAAAAUCACUCUAUAAAGCUCAAUAGAUUAUUUAAUUAAACAUCAAUUUUAUCUCGUA